AUGUCUUACACCACCUCGAGCAUGGACCAGAGAUUGUCAGAGAUGAAUGAAUCUCAGCGAAGGCGACGGCCCUUGGGAGAUGUGUCGAGCCGGAUGAACCACUCCAAAUCGCCAAAUAUCGAGACACCACGCAUGACAAACGAAGAAUAUGAGCAACUGAAGAGUCCUGACCGGAUGUCUCUCUGUAUGACUCCUACCCCGCAACGGAACAAGGAGAACGAGCGCCUUUCCGUGGCCACGGAUUUCCAGCCCAACUCAGCCCGGAACUCCAUCAUGUCAGCGGCGUCCAUCCUGUCAAGCAGAGGAAAGAGAAAGACACAUGUGGGACCAUGGCAGCUGGGACGCACAUUGGGGAAAGGGGCCACUGGACGGGUUAGACUGGCCAAGCAUGCCGUCACCGGACAUACGGCUGCCAUCAAGAUCGUGUCAAAAAAGUCGGCUGCUAUGGUUCAGAGUGAGAGUAUCGCGGCAAUGGACCGUAAUAUGGGAAACUUUCCCAGUAACCCAGCAACCCGGCAGAUGCCGUGUGGAAUUGAACGAGAGGUGGUCAUCAUGAAGUUGAUUGAACAUCCCAAUGUGAUCAGUCUCUAUGAUGUUUGGGAAAACCGCGGGGAAUUGUACCUUGUUCUUGAACACGUCGAGGGUGGAGAGUUGUUUGAUUAUGUGUCGAAGAAUGGACCUCUACCCGAAGAAGAGGCCGUGCGAUUGUUCCGGCAGAUCAUUGCGGCCCUUGGGUAUUGCCAUCGUUUCAAUAUCUGCCACCGCGAUCUGAAGCCCGAAAACAUCUUACUUGAUUCGAAUCAUAAUGUCAAGCUUGCUGAUUUUGGUAUGGCUGCGCUGCAACCUGCGGGUCACUGGUUGAAUACUUCGUGUGGUAGCCCUCAUUACGCGGCACCUGAAAUCAUUUACGGUCGAAAAUAUCGUGGUGAUAGAGCGGAUAUGUGGAGUUGCGGUAUUAUCCUCUAUGCCCUUUUGACCGGUUAUCUACCUUUCGACGGAGGGGAUUUGGGGAACACUCUGCGGCUUGUGAAGAAAGGAGACUAUGUUAUUCCUUCCGAGUUGAGCGAUGAAGCAGCCGAUCUCAUCCAGCGUAUUCUCCAAAAGCGCCCGGAGGAUCGGAUAUCCAUGAAAAACAUUUGGUUACAUCCUUUGCUAACCAAGUAUGAAAAGCUUCACAAUGCCAUGGUGGACCAUUACGUCGGCCCUCCUCCCGCGCUGUCGGUCAAGGACUGCGGCCAAACUUUGUCCUGUCAGCAGGACAUUGAUCUGGAUAUCCUGCGCAAUUUGCAGACUUUGUGGCAUGAUGUUAAAGCCGAGGACCUGAUUCAAAGGCUUCUAUGCAUCGAGCCGACCCAUGAGCGAAUGUUCUACAAUGCCUUGGCAAAGUUUCGCGAUGAGCAGCUGGAGAACUACCAAGGACAGCCUCUGGAGUACUCAGCCAGUGACUAUCACCACAUCUCUCGCACUGGUGGAAGAGUUCGUCGAGGCCGCAGCCAUACGGGUCAGGGUAGCUCCAAACGCCGCGCUCAGUACCCAUCUGUGAGAGAGUUCCCUCGGCGGCUCAACUCCUUCAAGGAGCCGAUGUCCUCGGGUACCAUGGAGAGCUAUGACCCAUACAGGUCACCCAAUCACGGCAGCGCGGCAUCCGAGGCCCAGUAUGCCCAUAUUACUGUCCACCGAGAGCCGUCAGAGCAAUCUGAAGCUAUGUCAUCGUCACCGAGGGUUAAGCCUCCCCCUUCAAUUGUGGAGGAGGAAGAGCCAGAGGAAUUGGAUGGGCCGGAUGACUCGCCAUUCACUGUUCUCCAAAAGCGCAAGCAUGGGCCUAGCUCCAUGAAGUCUUUCGUCUCUUCUAAGGUACCUCAUUCCAGCUCCCGUGCACCUGGGAUAUCAGCACGUUCCAUGAGCUAUCGUCGUAACGUUUCUUUUCACCACGCUCGUAACCGCUCUCAUGGAUCCACGAGUGUCAAAUCCAAGAAGAGAAAGAUUGCACCACCAAAUACAAGCCAGAAAAGUGAGAUGAAGAGGUCACCGAGUACCUGCAGUUUGCAACUUAUGGCAGAGGGCGUUGAUAUCCCGGAGAUGCCAAGUAGUCCACCACUACCAGCACAGCCAACUGUGGUCCGAGCAAAUGGGCCGAAGGUGAAGAGCAUGGGGCAAGUCAGAAAAGUUCGUGAGUCAGACUACACAUGGAAGGAGGAUACUCGAAAAGUAUCCCACGAGCUGAGUCAGAUUUGCGAAGAGGCAUUCAAUGGAAGCUCUGUGACAACAAUUCGCACUACGAGCGGUGGAUCUGGAUAUGAAACACCGGCGACUCCAGUUUCUAUGGCAAGCCCCGAGCAAAUUCAAGCUACUUCAACCAUCCUAGGGUCUAAUACUUUGCAGGAGUCAGCACACUCUUAUAAUAUCAAGGUACUGACCGAGACACGUCAAAAGUUCAUUGAGCACAGUCGGGGCCGAAAUGACAAUGUUCCCGCCUAUCUUUCUGGUGUCAUCACUCAUCUCGAUCGCUUGAUUGAAGAAGAUCAGGCACAGAAUAGCAGAAGGAGAGGGUUGGAGGCAUCAUCUUCCCAAGAUCCAUUCGUCGCUCCGCCAGACGAGGCAUUGCUCCCUGUUAUCAAGGAGGACUUUGCAAGCCCCAUCCGCGGUCCCAGUGAGAAUAGCCCUAAGCGCAAGCAAAAGCUACGGACUUCGCUCGCCAAAUCCCAGGGGAGCCAUGCCAAGGGGACUAUCCGGAUGGUCCCUCACAGCUCACUCUCCUGCAUGGAGGAAGUAAAGCCCCUGACCAUUCGGAAGAAGAACUCCAGUAAUUUCGUAUCAUCGGAUGUCCAUGAAUUUGCUACAAGCGACUGCCCGAGUGACGAACAGAACUUUUCCAUUGGAUCUCGACAUGCUGGUCAACCGAUUGGAUUGGAUCCAAUUGAAGAAGCUCCUCUGUCCCCUAAGAAAACGACAGCCCGGGCUCCAGAAGGCAAGAAAUGGUCUUGGUUCAAGCAUCGCCCCCAGGGCUCAGAGAAUCCUCCUACUCUCCCGCCAAAGGACAGCCACCUCAUUAUUCCCAGCGGAGGCACCACUGUGCACACUCCAAUCACCCUCCAGCCCGCUUCUCCUCCACAAAAAGAGAACACAGAGUCAGUCGCAAGACGAAAACCAUCUAUUGAUCGUUUUGGCGGUAGCUUUUUCAAAAAGCUUCUAACAAAAAAGUCCAACCAGAGUAUGCAAGAACCUCUUGCUGACAAGGAGAAGGAUAUACAGAUCAAAGUAGCCAAGGAUGCUCGCCACUCUUCUUUGAUGUGCAAGGGACUUGCAGACACCGACAGUUCCGUCGAAGCUGACGAUCCUCUAAACCCAUUCCACCACAAACGCCGCUCGAUCGCCAAUCACAACUGGUUUGCCCGGGUUUUCCAGAUCAAACCUGCGACUCAAGUCAUUGCGUUGAGCACAUCAAAGGUCAAGGGACGCAAGGAACUGUACAAGCUACUUCGCGAGUGGCGGGAUUUCGGCAUGGAGGAUGUAUACCUCGAUAAGACCAACAGCAUUGUUCACGGUCGUGUCAGCGAAGCAAAUUUCCUCUAUCUUCGAGAGGUUGAGUUUACUGCUGAAUUUUACACAGUCCUUGAGUACGGCCAGCCAGCCAAUCUCAGCCUGGUCCGCUUCAAGCAGGAGCGUGGCGCCGUUUCAUCUUUCAACAAGGUUGUCGAGACUGUGCAGAGCACUCUCAUGCGCCGCGGCAUGGUUGUUGAGGACCCAUCUCGUGCAAAAAAGAUGUCCCGCGUUCUCGACUCCGUCCCCAACCGCAAAUAA